GAGACUGUCAGUUCUCUUCGUGGUUUGCAAAAUGUUGUUUCUGUUAGGGCACCUUCGUCUGAACAAAUCCAUGUAGCGAAGGGAGCUAUGCCAGAUAAAGAGGUCGAAUUAGGAGUGCUUGAGACCGUCAGUCCCAAUGAUGAACUAGAGAAUCUUGUCUCUGUCGAUCCACCAUAGGAAGAACAAACCCCUGAGACUGUCAGUUCCAGUCAUGAUUUGCAUAACGUUGUCUCUGUGAGUCCACCUUCAUCAGAAGAAGAAAUCCAUGUAAUGAAGGUAACCACACCAGAUAAAGAGGUCGAACUGGGAGUGCUUGAGACUGUCAGUUCGAAUGAUGGCGUAGCAAAUCUUGUCACUGUGCAUCCACCUUCAUCUGGAGAAGAUAUCCAUGAAAAUUCCCCAGAACAUGAGACUGUCAGUUCAAGUCAUGGUUCCCAAAAUGUUGUGCCUGUGUGCGUACCUUCAUCUGAAGAGCAAGUCCAUGUAGUGACAGUAACCUUGCCAGAUAAAGAGGUUGAUUUGGCAGUGCUGCAGACUGUUCGUUCAGAUGAUGGACCAGGGAAUCUUGCCUCUGUGAAUCCACCUUCAUCUGAUGAGAAAAUCUCUGAAAAAGCCACUGAAAAAGAGAACAGUGAAGGGUGUGUUAUGGUAUCUGACAGUGCAAAAGGGGUCUACCAGCAGAAUGGAGUUGAUACUGCAGUCAAUGGAAGCUCGUAUCAAGAAUUGCCCCUGGUAAAUUCACCUGGAUUGCAGCCUGUGGCCCUGGCUCCUGGUGGUUCAGUGACACAAGAACAGGCACAACAAGACAAAGGUACUCUGUUAGAAACAUCAAUUGCAGUACAAGAAGGAGAUGCAGAAGCCAGGGAAAAGCAGAAUACUUGCCAACCAAUUGAAAAUCAUUCACCCGAAUCUGUUCCGGUAGUUUCAUCCAAUCUGUCUAAUCAUGAAAUGCCGGACAUUGAGCCUGUAAUACAACAGCCGCUGUUACCAUCCUCUAAUACACCUGAUCAUAGUGCUCCUGAGUUAUCUUCAGCUGGUGGAGUUGAAAUUCAGCCAAGUCCUGAAAACCGGACCUUUAACCAAGUUGCUCAUGCUCCAAUGCCACUUGUUGAAAACCUUCUUGAUCUUUCAAAUCACACCAUUUCUCGGUCUGUGGCAUGGUCUCCUAGUGGAUUUGGACUGCCGUUUCCAGACACAAGAGCUACACCUGUUACUUCUGCACUUAAUAGUCGUCCUAUAAAUGCUGCAUCACAGGGAGCAUCUCGAACGCCUCUGCCUGUAUACCAUGACCCGCUUCAAAAUGAAUUGGAAAGAUUAAAUAAACAAACAGAUCAUAUCGUUAAGUCUCAUGAAGAUACGAAGCUGCGCCUGAAAACUGAUUGCGAGAAGGAGAUAGAGGAGGCUGUUGCUGAAAUUCGUCGAAAGUAUGAGAUAAGAUUUCAGGAGAUUGAGGCGGAAUUUCUCCUUAAAAAGAAGGAAUUGGAUUCAAUUCACAACAAAGUUUUGAUGAAUAAGAUUUUGGCUGAGGCUUUCAGGUCUAAAUGCAUGGAUCUUAGGGCAUCAGGUGCAUCUGGAGCACAGCAAGGUCCUCUUAUUUCCCUGGCAGAUGGGAUUUCCAGUUUCUCCCAGCAGCUGGUCCAUCUAUCUAUGCAAGAUGCACAAAGACAUUCUCCCGUUGCCAGUUCAUCUUUGGCCAGCCCUCCUGCAGUUGGCCUGCAGACUUCUAUUGCACCAUUACCCAGCCCGCAGACAACCGCUCCUGCACCUUUAUCCAAUCCAAAUUGUACAGCUCCACCUAUGCAGACUGUUCCUCUUGCACCUGCUCUUUUGCCGAGCAUUCCAACAAGACCCCCCCACAUCAGUUCCAUCUCUUCCCCAGGAAUCCCCCAAGGUGCAGGUGAGAUUCGUGCUCCAGCCCCACAUCUUCAACCUUUUAGACCUUCAACAUCCAUGUCAAACCAGCAGUUACAUAGCAACCUCCUUGCAACAUCUCCUUCUUUUACUCAUAUUCCACGACUACCAUCCCCCACACAGCAAUCUGUUCCUCAUAAUAGGGCCCACCAUCCUGAAAGUGCAGGAGGAGAUUUGGCAGCUCUUCGUAGUUUAUCUGCGUUGGGGUUGCUUAUGAAUAUGAACAGUCGGGCUGGUGCAAAUCCACCAGGUAGUUUGCCCUCACAACCAAAUUUGGUCUCAAACCACCAGUCGAGCCUUUCUGAACCCCCCAAUACGAGUGGUGCAUGUGUAAACCCAGUACAUACAGGUGGAUCCACUGACAUAGUUUGUUUAUCGGAUGAUGACUAACCAGUUACAAGAUUUGGGUUCGCAAUUUUUUUAACAUCGUUUUACAAUGUGUCAUUGCUGCUCUGAGUUAUGGAGUGGGGUUGUGACAUGGCCUAGGGAGAAGCAGCAGUUGUAAUGCUCUCCUUGCUGUUAGGACUUUCUAGGUGUAUAUUAUUAGAUGUCUUAUGUUCUAACUAUUGUAAUGUAAAUUCAAAUUCUUUUGUUCAUACUCGUAUGUUUUGCCA